AUUUUUGGCGUUGGUCAAUUCACAACACCUACGAAGCAGUUGCAAAAUAAGUCAUAACCGCUAAUAGUCCGAACAAGGCGAAAAGUACGAUAUAUUUUUGAAAAAAAGUGGAUAAAAACUCUAGGCUCGACAAAAAAAGGCUAUCGAAGAUCACAGAGCAAUGGCCAAUAAUUGGUUGCAUUCAUCCCCUUACGCACCACUGCCGCCGCAGGCUGUAGUCGGCGGUUAUGACAGUGAUGGCAGUACUAUAUACGUUGGUCGUUCAUUCCACGAGGGUGAUUGCAUACCCACCAAAGUGAUACCUAGUAAGAGGGCAGCCUAUGUUUCAUGGGCUGGAGCAGAGCAUCCCAAAUCCCAUUACGAACUGCUGUUGGGUGAUGGUUACACCUGGCAACCCUGUUUCGGAGCUAGCAUACCCCCAAAUGCCAUAAGUGCGGGCAAGACCAGUAGCGGAGAGCCUUUAUAUGUGGGUCGCGGACAUUAUGCCAGUAGCUUGACAGUGGGAAAAGUUCAACCAUCCCAUGGCUGCCUUUACAUACCCUUUCAAGGUGGCGAAAUCAAAUUGGAGAAAUAUGAAGUUUUGGUCUACGGAGGUGGUGGCGUUGACAUAAGCGGAGCCCCUGCGGCACCUCCUCUCGACUUUGAAGCCUACAAAUGGGUCCAUUCCUCUGCUUACAGCAACAUUCCCCCCAAUGCUGUGGUGGGUGGUAAUGAUUUUGAUGGUGAUAUGAUUUAUGUUGGUCGAGCCUUUCACCAGGGCGACAUGUUGGUCAUUAAAGUUAUUCCAGCCAAAAAGCUGGCAUUUGGCUCCUGGCGCGGAGAGGAGAUUCCCAAGGACCACUUUGAAAUUUUGUGUGGCCGCAAUUUGGUGUGGCGCCAUUGUUACAAUCACAUGAUACCCGAUAAUGCUGUGGAGUGUGGCACAACGUCCUUGGAUCAGCCCGUUUACAUAGGCAGAGGCCACUAUGAGGGCAGUCUUACUGUUGGGCGAGUCUCGAAAGUUCAUCGUGCACUGUUUAUACCAUUCAGGGGUGUGGAAAGACGUUUGGAAACCUAUGAAAUUCUGGUGGAGGAGAAGAAUACGGCCGGUUGGAAAGUGGAAUUAGUAACAACAGAUCCUUUACCACCACCACCUCCACUUACACCGGAAACGGUGUGUCCUUAUCCCAGCGAAAAAUCCCCUUGCCCAUAUCCGGAAAUAAAGCCUCCCAUGCCUAUGCCCAUGCCCACACCGGUGGAUCCACCUCCACCCUAUACGCCAAUGCCAUCUGCCAUGCCCAUGCCCAUGCCUGCUCCUGCCACAACUUAUCAGCCUCCUAGCUAUCCACCACCCACAAAUGCCUCCACUUCUAUGGGCUUCAGUCCCGCAUACACCUAUGUCCCACCAGGUCCCAGCUAUCGCCCACCGGUCGUUGUGCCAGCUGCCACCUACACCCCAACCACCUAUGAAAAAUGGGUGCCAGUCACGGACAAUUAUUUGCCGGGAGGUGCGGUACACGCUGGUCAUGAUUGUGAUAUGUCAACUAUUUAUGUAUGUCGUGCCUUCCACAAUGGUGACAUAUUGCCCGGCAAGUUUGUAAGUGGUCACGGGUCAGCCUACGUGAGCUAUGGUGGCCAGGAAAUUCCCAAGUACAGCUGUGAAAUGCUUGUCGGUGACAAUUACAUCUGGGUACCGGCUAUAAAUGGCUUUGCUCCCGGAGCUGUGGAGGCAGGUCGCACCUCUGACGGUGAGGUCUUGUAUGUAGGUCGGGCACACUAUAACGGCUCCUUGACAUGCGGCAAAAUUCAUCGUUCCCAUGGUUGUCUCUUUAUUCCGUUUGGUGGUUGUGAGAUUGCUGUCAGAGGCAACUACGAUAUUUUGGUGCGAAGAAAUGAGUACUACGCUGGUCAAGGCAAGUACUUUUAAGGGUGUGAUGUGAAAAGACCGUACGUGGGGACCGUAGGAGCAACAUGACACUAUAAAACGAUCAAGUUUGAAAUAUUUGUAUGUUAAAAAAAUUAAAUAAAAA